AUGUGUUCGGCACUAGUGGUAAACCACAUGACCAAGGACCUCUCGAUUGCGUUAGAGGUCGAACCAGAUAACCAUUUAGAAAGUGUGCAUUGGUGGAAGUGGCUGGCGUAUGGGCUGUUCUCUCAUCGUGCUCGUAAGCACUCAAUUCUAGAACAUCUAGUUCUAGAUUCUGUCGGCCACUUGAGUGUGGAAGACGCCGAUAACUUCGCCACUGUUCUGCCGUCUCCUCAUCUGGAAGAAAUUCUCAUUGACAGGGCUCAUGGAUUGGUUCAUGAGCGAGACGGCGCUGGCAGUUCGAUGCACGAGGUCAACCUAUUGAAGACUUUUAUCCUCUAA